AGCUGGGCCUGAAAAUCACAGACCACAGAAGAACCAUUAUAAUCCUCUGUGUUAGAAGCUGGGGGAGUGACAGUGAUUGUUUUGAAACCAUGGCAGAAAAAAAAAACAGAUGGAUUUCCCUGCUCUCCACCUAGCUGCAGUCUUUUCAAGAAUACCACAGAACUGGUUUCCCUCUCUUGAUGAGACAUGCGAAAGACACACACACACACACACAUCCAUCCUCAGAUGUCUUUGUCUGACGCAUGCUCUUCACACACACACUAAAUAACACCAUUUCCCAGUUUGCUCAGCUGCCAGCUGUUUCUCGUCAGGCAGUCGGGCCUGCAGUAAAGAAAAGAAGUCAGACUGGAAUUAUGAACCGGCAGCUGGAGCUUGCUGCACUGGGUCUGGCCUUCACCGGGUGGCUUUGUGCUACAAUAACACGAUGCCAAGCCCUCUGGACGGUGAGUGGCACGCUGGACAACACCACAGCAACUCUGCCAGCUUACUGGGACGGGGUGUGGCUGGAGUGGAAUCACUGGGACUUGGCCCACGAUGGCAGCCUUCACUGCUCCUUCUAUCAGGCUCUCAUGACUCUUUCUGGAAGUUUCCGGACAUGGAAGGCUCUGAUUAAUGCAGCCAUCGGAGCAGGGGCGUUUGCUAUUGCGAUCUGUGGAGUGGGAACAGUGUGGUUCCCAACACGUGGCCAGGUCAAAGUGUUUUCUGGCGUCCUCUUUGUUUUGUCUGGGUUUGUGCUGUUGGUUCCCAUAGCCUGGACGUGUCAUCACAGCGGUCAGCCGCUGGAGGGGGCUGUUCUGCUGAGAAGAGACUGGGGACCUGCGCUUUACCUCGGUUGGAUCUCUAUUGUUUUGAUGGUGGUCGGUGGCGUGUACCUAACCACCAGAUGGCCCACUGUGGACCGGCAGCCACAGCAGCCCACAGAGGGGAGUUACCCAACAAUGGAGGACGAGUCCAGUCACCCUCUGAGCAGAAUCCACAGAACUGUGUUCACCAGCAGUCAGUAUGAACGAUCACAGGCUGUGUGAGAGAACAAAGUGGGAGUGAAGGUUCUGGAUAAGUUGAAACUACAGGUGAAACACUUCAUGCAAGUGUUGAAACAAGACAAAACAGAAACUGAACUUCAGAAAGCUUUUAAUUAAAAAAAAAAAAGUGGCUUGAGUAGGACUUACAAAAGUUUAUUUUGUUUCACUUGGAGAAAUGCUCAUGAUUAAACAAUUUUCCGCUUAGUUCUCAUAACUGAUACUUUACUUUUGUGUUUCAGUUUUAACAGUUCUGUUUGUUACUGCCCAACAUUAACAUUUUUACACUGAUCGAUCUUAAAUGCGAUAAAUAAAAAAUGUGAACGAGCAAACAAUGAAAGCUAAGCUUCAUUAUGUACCUGUGUUGCACUUUACUGGUGUAGUUUCAUAUUACAUUUAUUUUAAUGGGUUUUUAACAUAACUCUUUUUAAUUGAACUGUACUUCUCUGCGGAAAGGACACUGGAAUAAAAGCACUGAAAUGAGUUGUUUUGAACCAAAACUGACUUGGGAAUGGAACACGAUAAUGUGUAUUAGCCUUGGAGCACUUGAGUUCACUAAGUGAUCAGAGAUUUUAAAUUAAAUAUGUUUGGUUUGGUGUUACUGCUUGUUAUUUUUAUUUACAUGUUACCGGCGUUAUGACGUUUGAAUGUUUGCACUACUGUAUGUGUAUGUGACCGAAAAAUAAACCUGUGGAUUGAAUGAUA